GUGUAUCAGCUGAUUCUCCCACCCUUUCAUAUAUUUUUCAGCAAUCGGUAUACUCGAAUCGACACUGACUAGAUAAUAGAAUCAACUAGGUACGACGACGUACUGUUUUUCCACGUUGUCAACAAAGAAAUCAUAGUAAAAGAAUAACCAAAAUACUUCUAAAGCUAAUGGCAGAUCAUGAAAUUGUCAAAUCGCAAAGAUAAUAAUUACAAGUGUCGUAAGAUGAUUUUAACACGUAAAUAUAUGUGUUAGAUACAAAAAUUAUUAUGGAAGAAAAGGAGUGAUAUACUGCAUGUGAUCGUAUUUCAAGGUCAUACACCGAAACAAUUUUAGCACGAAGAAUCUUAACCAAUAAAAAUCUGUAGUCAAGGCAAUUUCAUAUUUGUUUUAAGCGCUUGUACGUAGCUGGAUUUGGGGAUGGAUUAGGUGGUCUGUUUCAUCGUCAAGUAUGUUACGUGCUGCAGAGAAAAAAAUUCUUUCCUGUUUAAAGACUACGUAUCGUGGGUGGUAUGUGGAUAUAGGACCAGUUGUAGGAACAGCAGAUAAAAUAUGGACUAUUUCUUUGAACGAGGAAUCACCAAAAACACCAAUUGUUUUGUUACAUGGUUUGGGAGCUGGAGUAGCAUUAUGGUGUUUAAAUUUGGAUGCAUUGGCUUCCCAAAGACCAGUAUAUGCUAUCGAUAUAUUAGGUUUCGGUAGAAGUAGUCGUCCCGUCUUUAGUAAUGAAGCACAAGAAGCUGAAAACCAACUAGUCCGAUCCAUCGAAGAGUGGAGGAGGGAAAUGCAAUUAGAAAAGUUUGUAUUGUUAGGUCACUCUAUGGGUGGCUUCCUCGCGGCAUCGUAUUCUAUUCAGCAUCCUGAAAGGAUCAAACAUCUUAUUCUUGCGGAUCCAUGGGGUUUCCCUGAAAGACCGGUAGAACCAGCUUCGAGACAACCUAUACCAUUAUGGGUGAAAGUUAUAGCAUACGUUGUGCAACCAUUAAAUCCACUGUGGGCAGUCAGAGUAGCUGGUCCAUUUGGACAGUGGCUAAUUGAGAAAACUAGACCAGACAUUGUAAAGAAAUUUGCACCUAUGUUAAAGGAUGAUACCGCCGUAAUUUCACAGUACAUACAUCAGUGCAAUGCCCAAACACCAUCGGGUGAAAGUGCAUUUCACGCAAUGAUGCAAGGUUUUGGCUGGGCCAAAAAUCCUAUCGUAAGGAGAAUGGAUAAAAUGAGUUCAAAAAUUCCAAUAACUUUGUUAUAUGGUAGUCGGUCAUGGGUAGACAAUUCAUCUUGGGAAACACUGAAACAAGCCAAAUCAUCGUCUUACAUUAAUGUCCAGGCGAUAACAGGAGCAGGUCAUCAUGUUUAUGCGGAUAAAAGUGAAAUUUUCAAUAAAUAUGUAUUAGAAGCAUGUAAUUUAAGUGACACAAUACCCCAAUUAUCAGCAUCGAAUGUUCGUCUAAAUAGUAAACCUUUAAAUGAAGAAGAUAUCUCGCUCAUUGUAGCGAACGAACCAGUUAAUUCGAAAACCGAAGAAGAACAAGAAAUAAAUACGUCACAGACACGAUCUAGUUGAAGUUUAUUAUAAAAUAUUUCCGUUAAUUCGAAUUUAUUGAUGUCAUCGUGCAGUCGAACGGACUGCAUAUUCUGUGUGAUCUAAACUAGUACAUGAACUGCAACAUACCAACGCAUAUUAAUUAAUAUUUAUAUCACUAAUAUUAUAAUUUAAUUUCUAAUUUAUAUCGUAGCAUAUUAGUUCUAUUGUCUAUAACUUCUUAACCGCUUUUGGGGACAAAAGCAAUCAAUUCGUACUUUAGUCCUGUUGACUUUACAAACAUUUUUUCAAGCGUUAAUCGAUACGUUGAGAUUUCGAUUUUAUUUUAUAGAGCUCGAUUUGUUUCGAAGAAAUAUGGCUAUAAAUAUUGUAAUAUAAAUUUCGAGGCGGGGAGAAUGACUAGUAGCAAAUAAAUCUAAAUUCUUAAGUUACACGAAUACUUUAGAAAACGGUAAUUGCGAUACUUGCUGAUCACAAAUAAAAUCAAACGAAAUCGUGGGAUCAACAAUUUACAUAAAUUUGGUAUGUAAAUUACGUUACGUAAGUGUAAUAAAGAGAAGUUGAGUUGUACAUUAUGUAUAGUUAAGCAUAAAAUAAAAGAAAUCUUUAAUGUAGAUACGUAGACAGCGUUCAUAUUUCGUUUUCUGUUCAUAGAAGUGUACAUUACAAUAAAAAACCAUUAUGCAAUACA